ACCAUCCCAUCCACAGCCUCGCACAGCCUGCAGCCAGGGAGAGGAGUUUCUAACGCUGGCUGCUGUGGAGGUGCGCAAGUGCUCGUUGCCAUGACAGCGCCACACUAGGCAAACUCUCCAUGUCGUAAAGCAAUCGAUUAUUUGGCCGUUCUUUGCGUUGCCGCGGCUGGUCAGACCUCAGCGUCCCUGUGUUGUAUGAGAGGAAUCCGGGUUUGUCUUGGACUGCGGUGUCCCGCGCCGAGGCGCAGUGACUUCAUACCGCAUCGAGUAGCGGAAUGCUGCAACGCGUUAUCCGCUCGGACUCGAACUCGAACUAGAAGAAACCAUCGGAAAAAAGUCUCCUUUUUCUUUUUUUUGGUACAGUUAAAUUCUUCUUCGGCUCCCUAGUCUACGUUGUUGGUGGUACUAGGCUGUUAGAUGACACACUGUGGAAACUGAGUACAAGUCUGCAUGUCUUGUACUAACUGUUAGACUUGGUAUCAUCCUUGAACGAUAGGAUAGACACAAUGGAGACAUUUGAUCAUACGGUGAGAUACUUGGGGAGAGAUGGAAGAGAGUGCUUCAGUGAACUGGAACAUCUUCCUCCACUCCUUGAAGACGAGGAGAACGUCUCUCUGGCUGACAUCCUCUGCUUGCGGGACAGCUGUCUGACGGAGGAGGAGGUGUGGGCCAUGAGCGGCGAGUGUGUGUUGGCCUUGCGGAGCAUCCAGCCCACCCAGCUCUUCCACAGCCUGUGCAUCACGCCCGACACGCUGGCCUUCAACGCCCACGGGAACGUGUGCUUCAUGGAGCAGCUCAGCGAUGACGUGGAAGGCUCAUUUGUACCGCCAGAGUUUGACCACACAGGCAGUACAUUUGAGGGUCACGUGUUCUCGCUGGGCUCCACGCUCUCUGCGGCGCUGGACUUUGUCAUCGAGCCGGAGUUGCAGCAGGCGGAGCUGGGGGAGGAGGCCCUCCGAAUGUUGGAGCUGAUGCAGGCGGAGCUUCCUGAUGACAGGCCACGCCCACAGGACAUCCUGGCCCAGGCCGAGCAGAAGUUGGCCCCCAACUCCUCCUCCGCUGUGUGUCGCAAGCUGUCCUCUGUGGGACGCCGCGUCCUCUCCUUAGAGUCUGUGUCCAACUUCAACGGUGCCAGCGACGACUCCUGGGAGGCGCGGUGGCAGCACGCCGAGACCAGAAGUCCGUUCAAGAGCCCCGUCUCCGAGGGCGACAGCGACGUCAACAACGCAGCGGACGGCGUCAGCCGCUCGCCGUCGUCGUCAUGGCGGCGGCGGCGGGCGUGCGAAGACCCCUGGGACCCGUACCUCUGGGCGGCCGACAUGGAGGACGACAGCGCCCCGAUGGCCCGGUGGUCCGGGCCCCCGCCGCCGCAGGGGCGCUCCAGCCGGGGGGUCCUGAACCGGUCCUGCUCCGUGCCGGACUCCAACAAUCCCCCGUCCUCGCUGGCGCCGGCCGCCCACGGGGACAUCAGCGUGCCCGUGUCGGACCUGACGGAGAUCGGGCCGGACGAGGACGAGCCCCCGGGGCGCGGGACGGCCUGGAGCGGUGCGGCCCGCCGCCGGAGGCCGCUGGACCGGGGCCAGUCCUGCGAGUGCUACCCCAUGUCCUGGGAGUACGCAGAGGACCCCUCGACGGACUGGCGCCCGCCGCCAGAGGACAGCGAGAAGGGCGCCGGGGAGUGUACGUGUCGUAGCGACGCGCCGAUGGCUAACGGCGGUGGGGGCGAGGGGAAGCGCGACCGUGGGGACGAGGGGUCACCCGUGCCGGGUCGCAGGGCGGAACGCAGCCCCGGUGAUGACGACGACGACGGAGGAUCGCUGGGGCGCCUUCUCUACGCUCCUAACAACCACAUGACCAAGAGCAUGCUGUGUCUGAAUGAGGAAACCCAAGAUGAGUGGAUCUCUCUGAGGGAGCUGCUACCUCGCUGUGGACGCAGGCUCAGGGUCAAUGAGCUGUGGGCUCUGUGCUACACCUGCCUGGCCACGCUCCAGACCUACAUCGACUUCCCAGCAUACUUAUGUCUGGACACAGUUUACGUGGGCUGUGAGGGAGAAGUGCUGUUCUUAAAGCCCAAAAACGUUGGUUCCUGUGAUGCGUUUUAUCUCGCCCCAGAAUUUCAAGACCACGGGAUCAUGACUGAGAAGGCAUGUCGUUUCCUCCGGCCUAUACUACUCUCCUCUUUCAGCAUUCAGCCUUUUCCCAGCUUAAGGACAUUGGUGAUCAUGCUCUGUUCUCCUGAUCUCUCCGUGGCGGCUCAGGCCUGUGUCUACGGGGUGGCGGCUAUUCUGUGGGCCACCGCCAAGUUCAGCCUGUCGGCCAAUCAGAAGCUGGCGAUGCCUCGCCAGCUGAAGAGACUGCUGAUGGAGAUGGCCAGGAGGACCCCCAUUGAGAGGCCUUCCAUUGUCAUGGCUAAAAAGAGCUGUCGUGACUACUUAUCACGCCAAGGGACCACUGCUGAAACAGUGUGGACCAAGCUGAUUGACGCAACUCAACAGCAACACCUCAAGUCAACUGCCCCAGAGAGUCACAUCAAAGUGGAGGCCAGUCCCACGUCACCUGAGCACUCACCAGCACACAUCACCAGUGGCUUUGUGCCACUGGCCACUGAGAGCCGACUGGCUCCUGUACAUGGCCCUGUUCCCCACAGCUACCCAACCAGCAUGCUGCAACUCCAACUCCCAGAGGCCUUCACUUCUAGCGCAACACACUUCAGCCCCAUCAUCCUGACCCAGGAAGAACGCUCAGAGGAGGAGGGGACCUCAAAGCCUGGAGCUGCUAUGGACGGAACUGUGGACUUGGCUAGUUGGGUGGUCCCUCAACCAAAGCAGGAAGGAGGCUUUGUUUUCACCUCACGCCGUGACAACUCAUCGCUUACGCAAACCUUUGUGACGCAUCUCGACGUUGCCGUUGUGCCUGAUGGACACGCUGAUGGAACAGCCAGGAUGAUAAGCCGGGGACAGUCCUCCAGCCAAGGCCCACUUUUAAACCCUAUCUCUGCUCGCUCUGAUACCUCCCAGCACAGAACAAUAGUCUCACUUCCUGUCGCCUCUGCUUCUGCUCACCUCAACCGCUUUAAGAAUUACCUGCUAUGUCAGGAUCUCACCAACGGACAUCUAACACUGGUACCCGUCAGGUACCCGACUCCAGCGUCAAACACAACCCAAUCCACCGAGUUGUAUCUGGGCUCAACCCGGGAACAACAAACCAUCUAUUCCAAAUCCACCAAGUCUCAGUCAGUCAAUGGUUUGACUGGUUCUGUUGGUCUACAACCACAAAGCUGCCUCCCUGACUUCCAGAAUUUGGGUCCUUCUGAUGGACAAAGGGAGCACGCUGGAUCCGGAAGCCAGGACAGCGAUGGGUGUCUGGGGGAUCCACCUGGGUCAUUGGGCCCCCUGGUUUGGUCCGCCAAGGAGGUGGAUGGAGAACCACCAGAGCUUGGCCGCUACCUUCACCCUGCCCUGCGAGAGGUGAUAGACCUGCUGAAGGGAGAGUCUGACCACGAGGGCUGCAUGGAGAACAGCCAAGAGGGGUUGGCCAUGGGCAUAGGGGAGUACAUCUUCUCCUUGAAGGACCUGCAGUACCAGUCCUUUGCCACUCUGGUCAGAGAAAGGUUCAGCGAUCUAUACUGGGAAGAAGACUUGCUAGGGCUUUUACACUGCUUAGUGAGCUCCAGCCCAGCAAAACUGGGCUCUAAUGGGACUCUACCAUCCGCCUCCAUCUCACCCGUCAGUCCCGCCGUCCAGACAAGGGGGGCGAGAGACCCCCACCUGCGCCACUUUUUGGAUCUGAACGGGAACCUUCACUUCAGCGGCCCCGCUGCUCAGGAACGAUCCAGAGGAACGGGGACCACCACGUCCAGUCCUCAGGUCACCGGACCAAUGUAUCAAGACCUCGAAGAAACGUCAGAAGAACUUCCGGACUAUACAUGUUCAGAGGUGGGUGCCGGGGGCGGGCUCCCCGAGGAGAUGGAGGUCACCCAGGGAGAGGAGCGUUCGGCGGGGGGCGGCCAUGAAAGCCCUGCCUCUGAAGACCGCUCUCCCUCGGGGCGGCACGGGGGCGGCGGGGGCAGCGGGGGCGGCGAGGGCGGCGAGGGCGGUGGGGGCGGCGAGGGCAGCGGCAACGGGGGCAGUGGCGAGGAGCUGAGCAGCAGUCCCGGCUGCCCAGACGACAUGGAGGACGACAGCGGCUCUCUGGGCUCCUCUGCCGAGCGGCGCCCGUCUCCGGGCGGAGGCUGGGACACGGGGCCGGGCCCGGACCUCGGCCCCGGGGCCGACCCGUCCUGGGCGCUGGCGUACUACGGGGAGGACUACUUCGGCACGGAGGUGGUGCGCUACGCCCAGAGCCUGGGACAGCACUCAGGGUCGGCGUGUCUGGACGUGAAAGCGCAGGAGCUGCAGCAGCAGUUGGUCAUUGAGAAUAGACAUCUGAAGAAAACCAGGAACUUCUACCAGAAGCUCCUGCAACAAGACCGGAAAAAGAAAGGUUCGGAGUCCAAACUGAUGCUGGGUAGAGUGAGCACCCAGCUUGAAGAACUCAGAUCCAAAGUGGAGUUCCUAUAUUCUGUGAAGAAAUAUCUAAAGGUGCUGCAGGUGGACCAGUGGGGCCUGGAGGUGGCUCUGCUGCCAGCGCUGGCUGACCACCACCUCGGCGCCUUGGAGCGGCCUGACCCCGGCGACCCGGCGGUCCUCAGCUUCGGGCCGCAGACGGGCCGGGGCCGGAGCACUCUGCAGGCCGGCUCCCCCAAGGGGCUCAUGGCCCACCUCUAUGCUCGAGACGCGGCCCUGAACGGCUACAUCCAGCAGCUCCUCUACACCUACCGCUACUUCUGCACCAGCGAGCAGCUCCUCCGGUUCCUCAUGGACCGCUUCAUCGCCGCCGCGAGAGGCCCAGACAUAUCAGGGAGCAACAUGAAGGUCCUCCACCGGACCCUGGACCUGUUGGAGGCCUGGCUCAUAGACUGCAAACUGGUGGACUGGACCCUGAGCUCUAGCAUUCUGACAACACUGGAGAACUUCCUCAAUGCUGAGGUGGUUCCUGUGGACAGCAGAGGGGAGACCUUAUUGGCAACCCUCCACAGCCCCCCAAGGAAGCGGCGGAGCCAAGGAAGUGAUAGUCCAAUCAGCCCUGACCAAGAUAAUGACUCGUUCUCGAUGCACUCAUCAUUUGAGGAUGCAGAGAAAAGGCACUGUACCUGGAGGAUCUCCAGGGUGGUGGAGCCCCAGGAGAAGGCCUUCUGCAUCGCGGCCGUCCUGCCCAUGCCCAGCUACGGGUCCCUGCUCAGCAGCGACCCCUCCUCUGGCUUCCCGCGGAGCCAGGAGCUGCCCUUCAGCUUGAGCCCCUGCAGCGCCCAGAGCACAGCCCAGCAGCUCACCCUGCUGCAGCAGGAGGUUUUCCUUGGCUGUCAUCCGGUUCACUUCCUUAACUCCAGAGCAAAAGGGGUCAGGGAUUAUGCUUUGAGUCCCAACAAGAACGUGUGUCGCCUUGUCACACCAGCAGAGGGCAGUAGUCUAUUUGCGGGUGAGGAGACCUCACCGUCAGACGGCUUCCUCCAGAGGUUGCUGGCUUAUGCCGACAGUGUCUCUGACUGGAUCGCUGCUGAAAUAGUCAGCAGUGACUCUUUCAAGGCGCAGGCGGCCGUGAUGACCAAGUUCCUGCUGAUCGGGAAACACUGCUACGAGUCGCGCGACUUUGCCACCGCCAUGCAAGUCCUCGCCGGCCUGGAGAACGUGAUUGUCAGGCAAUUACCGGCGUGGAAACAUCUGUCCUCCAAGGUGUGUGAGGUCAUGGAGGAGCUGCGAGCCGUGCAGGUGUUCCUGAAGAGCGAUGACCUGUGUCUGAUGGGGGGAGAGCAGGCUCGGAGGGGAGGGACCCUGCCGUCGGCCCGCAUCCUGGCCAUGCACGUGCAGCAGCUGGAGAUAGGAGCCUUCACCCUGGCCACUGGAGCCUACAAGUGGACCAAGCUCAGGAGCAUAGCCAGGGUGGUGAGCCAGGUGCAGGCCUUCCAGGAGUCGGUGUACCCCUACAGCCCCGAGCGCCAGCUGCAGGGCUACCUGCGCCGCCGCAUCCAACACCUCAGUGGCUGCGACCUGCACCUCCUCGCCGCCGACAACGACGCCAACUUCCAGCAGCCCUCCGCCCAGCGGCACGUGCGCCACAUCCAGGAGACGCUACGAAGGGUCCGGGGAAACUUCCAAUGACCGCCCUCUUCGCCUUCUCCUCCUCCUCUUCCAGCCCCCCCCCCCCCCC